AUGAUGGGAUUAUCUUACUUCAUGUUGAAUCAAUCAAAAAAAGAUGCUGAAUAUUGCACAAAAAACACCUUCAGCACUUAUUUAGUAUGCCUGGUAGAUCUUUACAUCAGGGAAGGAAAUGCCUCAUGGUGGAUUGAAAUGUUAAAAUCAAGUGGUCAAUAUAAAGAGGUGCUGAUGUAUACUUUCGUAUCUCUGAUGAGGAACCUCUUCAUUCAGCUCUCAUUCUAUGAGGGUGAUGAUAAUCCAAAUGUGCAUGAUAUAUCGAUGACUUGCUCGUUCUACAACUUUGAUCUUGGUUAUUGCCAGGGCUUGAAUGAUCUCUCUCCAAUAUCAUUAUUCAUCAUGAAAGAUGAAUCACAAGCUUUCUGGUGUUACCUCAUUUCACAACUACUUCAAACAAAACAACUGCUUCUGUUUAUACUGGAUUCUGAUAUAAUUCAAAAAGGCAAUGAAUUGGGACAUCAGGGAAGGGAAAUGCCACAUGGUGUGUUCUUUGGUGGGUUGAAAUGUGAAAAACAAGAGGAUGCUGUAUCUCUGAUGGGGAACCUGUUCAUUCACAUCUUAUCGGUGUGGUCAAUUAUGUUAAGGAAGUAUCGAUCAAGGUACAUUUUUAGUUCCAUUGAAUCUCAAAAAAGGGUGUUGGGUGAUUAUGUCUUCAUGUUAUGAAAUUAUGAACUUGCUUUAUCAAAUUGCCACUGAUUACAACCUGACAAAGCAUGGAAACAAUAUGUAAGUGAACAGGAAUUGAUGUGCUUUUUUAUCAAAAAAAAAUGUUGAAUAUCAUAACUUAUUUGGUACACCUGGUAAUUCUAUACAAAUUAUAUUUGUUAUUUAGUCAAUUCUUUUUAUUGAACAACAUUUUAGUUGUUCCAUGGUUGUUUUUUUUUUUUUAUCAACU